AUGGGAAGAACAAUUGAUAGUCCAGAAAUUAGCAUCCUUGUUGUUGAUGAUGAUACAAUCUGCCUUUCUGUUGUUGCUGGAGCUCUUCUAAAAUUGAAUCAUCGUGUUGUUGCUGUGUCUAACCCGUUAGAUGCAGUAAGUGCAUUAAGGACGAAAACUAAUUCAUUUGAUCUAAUUUUGACGGAUGUGCAUAUGCCUGAUAUGAGUGGACUUGAGCUCCUUCAACUUGUCGAGAAAGAUUUCAACAUUCCGGUUGUCUUAAUGUCAGCUGAUCAGAACAAAGGCAUCAUGCUAAAAUGUUUACAAGAAGGGGCUGCAUUCUAUUUUGUGAAGCCUAUAUCUUCAUAUAAUCUUUCAAGGCUAUGGCAUUUUGCUUUUUCAGCAAAAAGAAAUACAACUAAUAAAACACCUCCUAAGAUUAACAUGUCAUCUCCCGUCAUAACAAAUAUUCCCGGUUCUUUGAGAAUCCGGGAUUAUCAAGAGAUGAUGCACGUCAACAAUAACAAUAAUAAUAACAACAAUAAUAAUAAUAAUGGCGUGGUUCAAAAAUCCGCGCCAUUAUUGACUAAUGACCGAUGCAACAAGGAAAAUACAGUAUUAGUAUACACUAACAAUGCACUUAAAAGGCCUAAUUCAGAGGAAAUUGGGUUGAAGAAUACUGCUAGUAAAAAGCCAAAGUUGGUUUGGACUACUUCACUUCAUAACAAAUUUUUGGAGGCUGUCAAUCUACUUGGUGUACAAAAAGCUGUGCCAAAAAAGAUUUUGGAGUAUAUGAAUAUUCCAGGAUUGAAAAGAGAAAAUGUUGCGAGUCAUCUGCAGAAAUAUCGUAUAUUUUUGAAUCGGAUUACAGAAGCAACAGGAGGCUCUUUGCAAGAUGGUGUUCCUAAUAAUUGGAAUGAGAGACCUUUUAGAUCAAGCUUUGUGUUGAAUGAAAUCACAUUCCUUACCAACAAUCUCCAACAACAAUAUCAAGAAAUCAUGUCACAAUCUCAAGAUGACAUCGAGAAAAAAAAUCAGGUUGCAGAUGAAACCUGCUCUGAUACCAUGAAAUACUUGAGUGCGAAUGGUCCAAUAACGACAGAAAACGGACAAAGUAGCAGACAAGUGGCCAUAUCAUUUGCAAACCCUAAUCCAAAUCAAAAUGGCACUAUACUUGACCAAUUGCCUAGGGUUGAAGGUACUAUACAAAGGUUUAACAUUGAUCAUCAACCACAAGGAAAAAACCCUAGAAAUGAUGGGAGUUUAAGCAACCACAUUCAAUCAACCACCAAUAACAACUACGUUGGGCUUCGAAUAAGUACUAAUGGAGAAUUGGUUGGCAAAACUCAUGAGAACUUACCAACAGUUCAUGGUAAUGGUGUAAUUAGUAGCAUUAAUCAUACUGAAGAAACUAAUGAUCUUGUUAAUCAUUUCUCCGAGUUAGAUGAUUGGAAUGUGUACUUACCUAGUGUUGAUCAAAAUGCAACUCAACAAGAAAUGUCAAACAUGCAUGGCAAUAGUGGUGAUGAAUUAAGGCAGCUUGGUAUUGAUAUUCAAGUUAAUCAGGAAACUUUGGGCAACAAUAUAGGUUUUGGAUCUUUUGACGCGCAAGGAAGUUUUGGCAACGAAAUUGGUUUUGGAUCUUUUGACGCGCAAGGUAAUGCGCAAGGAAGUUUAUUUGGAGGGUUUGAUCAGGGAAUUACUAACAAUGAUGACGUUUCCUUUGACGGCUAUUUUGCGCAAGAGUAUGGACAAGAGUUCAACCUGCAGCAGAGGAUUCCGGUACACUUGAGGGAAAAUGCAGCAAAUAGUUUACACUAUGAGGCACAUUGUAGAAUUGAAGAUCCAGUUUAUGGUUGUGUUAAAAUCCUUUAUCAAUUACAACAAGAACUAAAUUUGGCCCAUAACCAACUGGUCAAGACUCAAGCUGAGAUUGCAUUAGUACUCAAUGUUUAUGGGCCUUUAGAAGAUCAUAAUUCUGAUCCAGUAACUAGUGAAGAAGAUUAUCAAUCCAGCUUUGGGGACUACUCUACUCAGCCCAAUAGUUAUGGGCUUUUGCCAUUGGUUCCAUGUUUAAUGGGCCAGGAAUAUGUGUAG